AUGGGGAGGGGUAAGAUUGAGAUUAAGAGGAUUGAAAACUCAAGCAACAGGCAGGUGACCUAUAAUAAGAGAAGGAAUGGGAUCAUAAAGAAGGCAAAGGAAAUCACUGUACUCUGUGAUGCUAAGGUUUCUCUCAUCAUCAUUGCUAGCUCUGGAAAAAUGGUUGAAUACUGCAGCGGCACAGAGGAAACGCGGAAGAAAAUCUUGGACAAAUAUCAUUCACAGACUGGAAGGAGGUUGUGGGAUGCCAAGCAUGAGAACCUCUCCAAUGAAGUGGAUAGAGUUAAGAAAGACAAUGAUGGCAUGCAAAUUGAGCUCCGACAUUUGAAGGGGGAAGACAUCUCAUCUCUGAACCAUGUGGAUCUGAUGGCCUUAGAGGAAGCACUUGAAAAUGGCCUUGCAAGUAUCAGAGACAGAAUGUCGAAGUACGUCGACGCGGUUAGAAAAAAUAAUAUAGCUCUGGAGGACGAACAUAAACGCCUCACAUAUCAGCUGCAUAACAAGGUGAUGAACAUUGAAGAGAAUUUGAGGGAAAUUAACUACAACAGCAGCAACCAGAUACCUUUUGCCCUUCGUGUCCAACCGAAUCAGCCCAAUCUCCAGGACAGAAUGUAA